CUGCACGGCGGGCGGCGCGCGUUCGAGGGCAAGACCUCUGCGCAGGUGUGCUUCGACUACGUUGUCCCGACCACGUCAACCUCGGAAGCGUCGCUCGUCGAGCACGUGCGUCUCCACACGUCCGACGCGGCGUACGUGCAGCCCGCGACGUGGUACAUUAGCCACGCGUGGGGCUACAUCUUCCUCGAGACGCUCGAGAGCCUCGAGUCCUUCUUCCGCGAGCGCUCCAUUCACGACCCGGUCGUGUGGUUUUGCGUCUUCAACAACAACCAGCACCGCGCGAGCGAGCACCCGUUUGCGUGGUGGCAGUCGACGUUCCAAGAGUCGCUCGCGGCCAUCGGCAACGUCGUCAUGAUCAUGCACCCGUGGAAGAACCCGAUCACGCUCACGCGCUCGUGGUGCAUCUUUGAGGUCUACGUCACGAUUUCGGUCGGCGCCAACUUUGACGUGGCCCUCGCGCCCAACCAAGUAGCGCAGUUCGUUGACGAUAUCCUUUUGGACAUCAGCGCCUUCUACAACAUGCUCGCAACCGUGAGCAGCGAGGCGGCGCAGGCCACGGUGCCAACCGACAAGACCAACAUUGAUCGCGUCAUCACGAGCACGGUCGGGUUUACGGGCCUCGACCGCAUGGUGCUCGAGACGUUUGAAGCGUGGAUGAAGCGCGCGAUCCGCGGGCGCAUCGCGGUGGCAUCGACGGCGCUCGAGAAGGCGCGGCUCUUCAAGGCCCUCGCUGAGUUUGUGUCGCUCAACGGCGCGUUCGUCGAAGGCGAGGCGCUCGGCACGGAAGCGCUGGCUCUGUAUCUCGAGGCUCUCGGGCCCGAGGAUCCUGCGACCUUGUACAUGCAAGGGCUCCUCGCCAUGUUCCAGGGCCACCAGUACAAACCGCGCGAUCUCUGGGAACCCACGCUUGUCGACGUGAUUCGCCGGCUCACGGAGACUGUGGGGCCAAUGCACGAAGAUACGCUCAACUGUAUGUCACAUCUUGGCAUGCUGUACGCAGAAGUGCUCAACCAGACGGACGAAGGACUCGAACUGCUCGGCGAGACCCUCGCGCGGAUGCUCGAGGUGUACGGACCGGACCACCCGCGCACGAUCGACACGCGGUUCAUGCACACGCUCUUUGAGACGCCUACGAUGGAGUACGACGACGCUGUGAACGCCGUGACGGCGUGCAACGUCGAGGUGCAGCGCGUCAUGGGCAAGAACCACCCGACGGCGCUGGCGGGCGCCAACUUUCUCUCGCUCCUCAACACGCGCAUCGGCGGCUCGCGCAGCAACCUGCUCGCCAUCGACAUUAGCAUCGCCGACCGCCACGAGCGUAUCUUUGGUCGGGACCACCAAAACACCCACAUGAGUCUCAUCAACCUCGCAACGACGUGUCUCGAGCAAGGCGACUAUGACCAAGCGUUAGCCCUUGUCGCACCCAUCGUUGCCGAUGUCGAUGGACCGCUCGAUGGCACGCGGCUCUUGCCCCGCGCAAUGGCCCACCAGGUAAUGGCGCAGGCCUAUGACAAGAUUGGCGAGUGCGCGCUGGCAGUCGACGCGUGGGAGGCCGCGAUCGACGGGUUCCUGCAGACCGACGCCAAGGACCAGCUCCCAGCGUGCGUCUGGAACCUCUACUGGGCACGCCACACGGGCGACCUCUGGCCAACUCUAGCUUGCAUUGAGUCGCUCCUGGCCAACUUUGAGCGAACGGAGCUGCUCACCGAAGGCUGGGGCUUGACGACGUGCUUGGCGUGCGAGCUACCGAUGCUCGAGGGCAUCACGUACAUUUGCCCUGGCUGCACGAUCAACCUCGGCGUGGUCUGCGCGACCUGCCACGAGAUGGUGCCCGAGUGUCUCGACUGCGAGCGCUCCGUGCUCUUGCCCGCCGAGCCACCGGCCCGAGCGCUCCUAAAGAAGCGCGUACAAUGGCUCACAAACCAUGGACCCUCGGACGCCCUGCGCGCUGCCGUCGACGCGCUCGCCGAGUACUGUUAUCGGUGGCACUUGCCACUCGAGGGCCCAGCGCCGCAACCAUCACCGACACCUUCCACGCCACCAAGUGACGCCACCGAUGCGGCGCAUCAACCCACCGUUGCGUGGCUUUGUUGCUGGCGACAAUGGCCCAGACACCAAAAAGCGACUAUAACCAAGUCGAAUAGAUAGCUGUGAGAUUAGCAGA